AUGGCUGAACAUCCUGUACAGGUUUUUGUAUAUGGUUUGCUUGUAUCCUGUGGGAUUUUUGGAAAUGCUCUGGUUAUCUGGAUUGCUGCUGACUCCACUCGGGAAAACCGUUACCUCAACUCCUCUGACCUCAUCCUGAUGAACAUUGCAGCUGCAAACCUGAUGCUUUCUCUGACCAGAAACACGUUGCUUCUGACAUUCGAUGCUGGACAAUCUGUUUUUUUCUCUGACCCGGGCUGCAGGUUGAUGAUGUUUAUCUGGACCUGGCUGAGGUCAGCAAGUAUCUGGGUCACCCUCAGUCUGAGCCUGUUCCACUUUAUUACAAUCAGAACAAGCCGGAGCAUGUUGGAAAGGUUGCAAGAGAGGAGGAAGGUUGUGAAUGCCCUGGUGAUAGAGUGGGCUUUGAGCUUGCUCUACUCAAGUUUCGCCCUGCCAUACUCAUCCAACUCCAAGAACAACACUACCAAUAAUUUAAUGGUGAUCAGUAGCACAAUCAGACCUUUACUUGGCUGUGUGUGGACAUUUCCGAAUGAAACUAGUGGUCUUGCAUACGCAAUGGUCUCUGUUGUAAUACACGAAAUAAUCCCCAUUGGUCUAAUGAUAUUUGCCAACACUGCCACCUUGUUAUUUCUCUACAAGCACUACAGGAAAACUCAGGAUGUCCAAUUCUCUAGUAGCCACAUCAAUUCUGAAUGGAAAGCCGCUAAGACCAUCCUAUAUCUCAUUUUACUGUUCAUUUUCUCUUGGGGAACCCAUGUAUUUUCAAUAAAUUAUUAUAAUUUUAGGGGUAGCCCUUCGACACGCUACAUGCUAGUUAUCGCCAGGUUCUCAGCCUCGGGAUUUGUGGGGUUCUACCCACUGGUGGUGGCAACUGGACACACCAAAUUAAGGAAGAAAAUAGGAUUUAUUCUGAAGUGUGGAUGGCUGACUCCGACACAACAUAAGUGA